UUAUUUAAUUUGAUCAGAUAUUUCAAUGAGAUUUUAAAUGAUGAGACAAAAUUCAAGAAUUAUGAUAUCUCAGUAUCACAUACUAAGCAGGCACAUGAAAGAAUACAGGAAUUCAAUAGAUUAAAACGAGCAAGACAACUUCUCGAUGCUAUUUCCCUUACAAAUGAAUUACUUGCAGAUGGCUCAGAUGUAGAAAUAUUGAGCCUAGCUGGCACAAUAUUAAAAAGAUUAAAAGUUUUAGGUGUAUUUAAUGUACCAUUAGAGAAUUCUAGUGAAGAUACAAGGACAUCAAUAUUCAAACCUUCUCAUACUGGUAUCUAUCAUUGUUGUACAUUUUGUUCAAGUGGUGGGAAGAAAGAAGCCACUUGUGGAUGUGGAGGAAUUAUACCUGGUGGAUAUAAAGGUUGUGGGCAUGGGCAUAUUGGUCACCCUGGAGUACAUCAUUGGUCCUGUUGUGGAUCAAUCUUACGUUAUGGACGUUGCCUAACUUGCCAAACAUAUAUGCAUCAAUUGCUGUUUUAA